AAUUAUUAUUAUUAUUUUAUUUUUCGCUGGCUGGCGUCUCGGCUGUCUGGGUGGGGGAGCUGGUGGCGGGCGUCUGGUGGCCGGGAACCCCAAACCCCAACAAAGCCAGGUGUAGGGUGCCUGUAAAGCUGUGGAGUACCCCGGAGCAGGACUGACACUUACACUACUUUUUCGUGGUUUUGGAGGGUCACACACGUGUGAGAUAAUAAAGCACUUUGGCAGAAGAUUCCUCUCUUCUUUUUUUUAUUAUUUUUCUUUUUUGUUCCUUUUUUCUUUUUUUUUUUUACCCCCCUUGGAAUAUUGUGAACAUAUUUGUGGCCAUUUAAGGUUUGUGUGAUUUUGCUAAAAUGCAUCACCAACAGCGAAUGGCUGCCUUAGGGACGGACAAAGAACUGAGUGAUUUACUGGAUUUCAGUGCGAUGUUUUCACCUCCUGUGAGCAGUGGGAAAAAUGGACCAACUUCCUUGGCAAGUGGACAUUUUACUGGCUCAAAUGUAGAAGACAGAACUAGCUCAGGGUCCUGGGGGAAUACAGGACAUCCUAGUCCAUCCAGGAACUAUGGAGAUGGGACUCACUAUGAUCAUAUGGCGAGCAGAGACCUUGGGUCGCAUGACAAUCUCUCUCCUCCCUUUGUCAAUUCCAGAAUACAAAGUAAAACAGAAAGGGGCUCAUACUCAUCCUAUGGAAGAGAUUCGAAUUUACAGGGUUGCCACCAGAAACCUCUGCAGCUCUUUAUAGAGAAAAAUGUUUGGAUGAGAAAACAAAAACAACAUAGGCAAAGUCUCCUUGGAGGUGACAUGGAUAUUGGCAACCCAGGAGCGCUCUCCCCCACUAAGCCUGGCUCCCAGUACUAUCAGUAUUCUAGCAAUAACCCCCGGCGGAGGCCUCUCCACAGCACCUCUAUGGAAGUACAAACAAAGAAAGUUCGAAAAGUUCCUCCAGGUUUGCCAUCUUCAGUUUAUGCCCCGUCAGCAAGCACUGCCGACUACAAUAGGGAUUCACCAGGUUAUCCAUCCUCAAAACCAGCAGCCAGCACUUUUCCCAGCUCCUUCUUCAUGCAAGAUGGGCAUCACAGCAGCGACCCGUGGAGCUCCUCCAGUGGGAUGAACCAGCCUGGCUACGGGGGCAUGCUGGGCAACUCUUCCCACAUCCCCCAGUCCAGCAGCUACUGCAGCCUGCACCCGCACGACCGCUUGAGCUACCCAUCACACUCCUCAGCAGACAUCAACUCCAGUCUUCCUCCGAUGUCCACCUUCCACCGCAGUGGCACAAACCAUUACAGCGCGUCUUCUUGCACACCUCCUGCCAACGGGACGGACAGUAUCAUGGCAAACAGAGGAAGUGGGGCAGCAGGCAGCUCGCAGACUGGUGAUGCGCUGGGGAAAGCACUCGCCUCUAUCUAUUCUCCAGAUCACACCAACAACAGCUUUUCAUCAAAUCCUUCAACUCCUGUUGGUUCUCCCCCUUCUCUCUCAGCAGGCACAGCUGUUUGGUCUAGAAAUGGAGGUCAAGCGUCAUCAUCUCCCAAUUAUGAAGGUCCCUUACACUCUUUGCAAAGCCGGAUCGAGGAUCGCCUGGAGAGGCUGGACGACGCCAUCCACGUGCUGCGCAACCACGCGGUGGGCCCGGCCACCGCCAUGCCCGGGGGCCACGCCGACAUGCACGGCUUGAUAGGGCCCUCGCACAACGGAGCCAUGGCCGGGCUGGGCUCGGGCUACGGCACCGGGCUGCUCUCCGCCAACCGGCACUCCCUGAUGGUCGGGGCGCACCGCGAGGACGGGGUCACCCUCCGCGGGAGCCACUCGCUCGUGCCAAACCAGGUCCCGGUCCCGCAGCUGCCCGUGCAGUCCGCCACCUCCCCGGACCUGAACCCGCCCCAGGACCCGUACAGGGGAAUGCCAACUGGACUGCAAGGGCAGAGCGUCUCUUCGGGCAGCUCCGAAAUCAAAUCCGAUGACGAGGGAGAUGAAAACCUCCAGGACACCAAGUCUUCUGAGGACAAGAAACUAGAGGAUGACAAGAAGGAUAUCAAAUCAAUUACUAGGUCAAGAUCUAGCAAUAACGAUGAUGAAGACCUGACACCAGAGCAGAAGGCUGAGAGGGAGAAGGAGAGGAGAAUGGCCAACAACGCGCGGGAGCGCCUGCGCGUCCGGGACAUCAACGAGGCCUUCAAGGAGUUGGGCCGGAUGGUGCAGCUCCACCUGAAGAGUGACAAGCCCCAGACCAAGCUCCUGAUCUUACACCAGGCUGUGGCUGUCAUCCUCAGCUUAGAGCAGCAAGUCAGAGAAAGAAACCUGAAUCCUAAAGCAGCGUGUCUGAAAAGAAGGGAAGAAGAGAAAGUAUCUUCAGAUCCUCCUCCACUUUCCCUGGCAGGACCCCACCCUGGGAUGGGAGAUGCCUCCAAUCACAUGGGACAGAUGUAAAAAAAAAGGUCCAAGUUGCCACAUUUCUUCAUUUAAGCAAGAGACCACUUCCUUAACAGCUGUAUUAUCUUAAACCCACAUAAACACUUCUCCUUAACCCCUUUUUUUGUAAUAUAAGACAAGUCUGAGUAGUUAAGAAUCGCAGACGCAAGAGAUUUCAGCAUUCCCGACUAUUACGACCGAGAAAACAAGCAAACAAAAACAAAACCCCAACAAAACCAACCACAAAACAAAACGACAGACAAACCAGAACCAACCAACCAACCAACCAACAACAAAGUGCAACUUGAGGGACGACUCUCUCUAACAUAUCAUGCAGAAUGUCUAACGCAGUAUGUGACGAGCUGUACGUGCACAGCCUAGAGACUGAAUGGCAAUCCUCUCCACACUGUGGGACAAUGCAUUUGUGCCUAAACUUCUUCUUCUUUUGGAAAAAAAAAAAGAAAAAAAAAAAAGGAAAAAAAAAA